UGUUGGGCAUGGUGAUAGUUCAAGUUGGAUUCGCCGGAAUGAACAUCUUUUCGAAGCUCGCCAUGGAUUCGGGCAUGAAUCCUUACAUCCAUGUUGCUUAUCGCCAAAUCUUUGCCUUCUUUUCCAUAGCCCCUCUUGCCUAUUUAUUCGAAAGAAAUACAAGACCAGCAAUGACCCGACCCAUUAUUCUCGAGAUUUUCUUAUCUUCUAUUUUUGGGGCUACGUUGAAUCAAACACUUUAUUUUGUCGGGUUGCAAAACUCGACUCCAACCAUAGCAUGUGCAAUAUCGAACAUUUUGCCAGCCCUUACAUUUCUUUUAGCAGCCGCAUUCGGUUUAGAAAAGGUGGGAAUGAAAAGUUUGGCGGGAUAUGCGAAGGUGUUUGGAACAUUAACUUGCGUUGGAGGAGCAAUGUUCUUAUCGUUUUAUCAUGGAAAUAUCUUAUUAGGGAAAUCGACAUUUCAUUUUAGUAGCAUUAGCCUUCACAAUGAUCAUCAUGGGAGCAAUUUUUUAUCGGGGCCUUUACUAAUCAUGGCAAGCACUCUUGCUUGGGCGGUUUGGUUCAUUAUUCAAACGAGGAUAAGCGAGAAGUACCCUGCACCAUUUACUAGCUCUUCGAUUGUUUGCUUCAUGGCUAGCAUUCAAUGCAUUAUAAUCGGCUUAUGUUUUGAUCGCAAUCCCUCCUCGUGGUCAUUGGCAAUGCCCAUUAGAGCAUUUUCAAGCAUUUAUGCGGGCGUUGUUUGCACGGCAUUAGCAUUUUGCCUUAUGUCGUGGUGUAUUCAAAAGAAAGGUCCUCUAUAUGUGUCGGUUUUUAGCCCCUUAUUGCUUGUUAUAGUGGCUGCCCUUAGUUGGAUUCUUCUCGAAGAGAAACUAUACAUGGGCACUGUCUUAGGUUCUGUGUUGAUAGUAUUGGGGCUCUAUAUGGUGCUUUGGGGGAAAAAGAAAGAAAUGUUGAAUGUUGGGGUGGAAAUUAACACAUUGAAUAUAAAAGGGGUAAAAGUUGAGGGAGAUGAGAAGUUGGGGGACUUGGAAGUUUGAAAUCCAAUUGAAUAUAAGUG